AAGCCGCCUGUCUGUCGCCUCCGUAAGAUCUGUGAUUAAAGGGAACGGCGGAAGAAUUCAGCAACUCGUUUUUCACCAUCAAUCGGAGAAAAUCAACGAGGAUUUUUACUGUUUUGCCAAGCUAUAGCCGUUUGAGUGGAUUACAUGUAACGCUGGCUAGUUCUAGUUUCGUUAAACGCGAGUUAUGAUCGGACUCGUACUGUCUGUCAGUCAUCUAGUACAGUAACUAGCUAGCUAUUUUGGUGUUUCGUACAAGUUCGUGAAAGCGAGAAAUGUAUGGAAAGCUGGAGGACAAACACACAUCUUAUACGUUCUUGUAUAACGUCAGCAUGGACUUUACCGAGGCGGAGGCCUGUUUUUUAGAAUCGUAAGAGGCUUUACCAUCGCGCUCAGUUGGGGCAAACUCCACGAUUGUUCACGCAGUCCCGACAUUGGGAACAGGGACGCCGAAGGGGGGGAGCGAGGCUGCCCUUCAGUACAGCGUCUGCUGCUACGAAAGAGGAGGUGAAGUUUAGCAAAGAAAACGGGCUACACUCUGAACGAACCUACGUGGACUUCAAGAUUUCUGCCCACUUCUGUACGGCAAAUUUGACUUCCAUGUGAAUAGUGUUGGCAAGCUAUUUUGUUUUAAAAAGAGACUAAUUCAAAGCGUUUAAGUCUUGCUGUGUGUUAAAAGGCCUUUUUUGGCCCCGAUUCAAAACGCAAGCUUUUACUAGACCUAUGGCUUCGUAUACAGUUCCAUUUCAGCCAUGACAUUGGAUCUGCUGGAUUUUUCACAGUUGUCAGAUUUUCAAAUAAUUUGCUAAUUCGCGUUGUUGAAAUAAUCUAUUUUAGGCUGGUGACUCUGCCUUGCGAUUGGAUGUUAAAAGGGAGCCAAGAGAAGUAACGUUACCAAAUGUUGAGAGGACAGCCAGGCAACAUCAGCUAGGCUAACCCUCCAACUCGAUAGGAAUAUUGACUGUCAACAUUGACCCAUGCACCGCGCGGCCGCUGAACUUGGACUUGAAAGCACCCGAACGAAUUUACGCGUCAGCUAAAAUCAUUUGGCUGUACCGCGAAAUAUUGUAGUGCAGAAGACGGAUUUUUUUGAAGGCACUAUUAAUCAUUCUACGACACACUAACACGGAUGAUAGGCAGCAAUCUAAUAUACCGUUACACAGUCUGUCAAAUGGGCAAUUGGAGAGCAAAUCAGAUUUUGUUCUCUGGCUUGCUUGGGCUGGACUGAACAUUAUAGCUAGCUAGCUACCUGCACUUUCUCCACGACAAUCAACGUGCGCAGGGAGACAAGCGGCAUAAGACAUGUGCUAUUGGUUCAUAAUCAUCACCAACCAUUUUUUACCAGUCGGACAAGUAACUGCAAACGAAUGAGCUCACUCUGCUCAUUCAGGGAAAGGAGCGAAUACUAGAAAACUUUUUUUUGGAAACGCUGGUUGGGACAACCCCUUCUUCUGCAUAGCCGCUAGAUAUGGCAGUGCCGGGCCGAAUGUCUAUCCUGGCGCUAGGGCUUUUCGUCGUGCUACUGCUCACUCCUGUCGCUGCUGCCCAGGGGGAGGUGCGUGUGUGUGCCUUCGCUGACCUGCAGCAGCAGUAUGACGAGCAGCGAGUGGGCGGGUCCGAGUGGCCGGCCGUUGCCGGUGACAACAGCACCAUCCUCUGCAGCCAAGGGUCGCGUUGCUACGGGCUCUGGGAGAGGACCCGGGAAGGGGACACACGACUGGUCAAGCAAGGCUGCUGGACCCACACCAGCGACCAGCAGGAUUGCCAUGACGACCGUUGCGUGGUGACCACCACCCCGUCGAUGAGCCUGAACGGCACCUACCGCUUCUGCUGCUGCAGCGCCAACAUGUGCAACCUCAACUUCACCGAGAACUGGGUCGCCAUGCCUACCAGCGCACAGCCCGACUAUGGACGGUCUCUGUAUCCAGAGGAGACCAUAGUCAUCGCUUUGGCAUCUGUUUCCAUAGUAGCGGUGCUCAUCGUGGCGCUGUUUUUUGGGUACCGAAUGGUAACAGGAAACCGUAAGCAGGGUCUCCACAACAUGGACAUGAUGGAGGCAGCCGCUUCAGAGCCUUCCUUGGAUCUGGACACCCUGAAACUACUGGAGCUGAUAGGCCGUGGCCGGUACGGUUCCGUGUACAAGGGUUCUCUGGACGAGCGCCCGGUGGCGGUGAAGCUGUUCAACUACACCAACCGGCAGAACUUUGUGAACGAGCGCGCCAUCUACCGCACGCCGCUGCUGGAGCACGACAACAUCGCGCGCUUCAUCCUGGGGGACGAGCGGCUCGCCACCGACGGGCGCCUCGAGUACCUGCUCAUCAUGGAGUACUACCCGCACGGCUCUCUGUGUCGGUAUCUGAGUCUGCAGACGGGCGACUGGGGGAGCAGCUGCCGCAUGGCCCACUCUGUGACCAGGGGACUGGCCUACCUACACACCGAGCUCUUACGAGGAGAUAUAUAUAAACCAGCUGUGUCUCAUCGGGACCUGAACAGCCGGAACGUUCUCGUGAAGAACGACUUAACGUGUGUGAUUAGCGACUUCGGUCUGUCGAUGAAACUGACGGGGAACCGGCUGGUCAGACCCGGGGAGGAGGAGAACGCCGCCAUCAGCGAGGUGGGCACUAUCCGCUACAUGGCGCCGGAGGUGCUGGAGGGGGCGGUGAACCUGAGGGACUGUGAGUCGGCACUCAAGCAGGUGGACAUGUACGCCCUGGGCCUCAUCUACUGGGAGAUCUUCAUGCGCUGCACCGACCUCUUCCCAGGUGAAACGGUGCCGGACUACCAGAUGGCGUUCCAGGCGGAGGCCGGCAACCACCCCUCGUUUGAGGACAUGCAGGUGCUGGUGAGCAGGGAGAAACAGAGGCCCAAGUUCCCCGAGGCCUGGAAGGAGAACAGCCUGGCGGUGCGCUCUCUGAAGGAGACGAUGGAGGACUGCUGGGACCAGGAUGCGGAGGCUCGUCUGACGGCCCAGUGUGCUGAGGAGCGCCUGGCCGAGCUGCUGCUCAUCUGGGACCGCAACAAGCCCGUCAGUCCCACCGUCAACCCCAUGAGCACCGCCCUGCAGAACGAGAGGAACCUGACGAAUAGUCGCCGCGUGCCCAAGCUGGGCCACUUCCCCGACUUCUCCUCCUCCUCCUACAUCGAGGACCAGGAAGGGGGCGUGCUCAAGAACCUGCAGGCCGACGCCCCCUCCUCCUCCUCCUCCUUAGGCCCCGCCUCCUCCGCGGGGGUCGUGGGCGUGGGCGUGGGCGCCCCCCCAGGCACCGCCGGCGGCGAGAAGAACCGGAACUCCAUCAACUACGAGCGCCAGCAGGCCCAGCAGCAGGCCAGUGCCCAGAACGCCCAGCUGCAGCUGCAGGGCCCGGGGCAGAUGGGGCAGAUGGGGCAGAUGGGGCAGAUGGGGCAGAUGGGGCAGAUGGCAGGGCGCGUGCCCAGCCCGGAGGGCAGCACCAGCGGGGGCAGCCUGAGCCUGAGCGGGGCCUCUAGCGCCACCUGCAGCACCACGCUGGGCACCACGCCCGGGUCCAGCCUCAUGGCCACCAUCUCGGAGGCCGGGCUGGGCGAGGAGGCAGGCGGCACCAAUGCCAACGCGUUGGGCAUGGGGAUGGGCAUGGGCCUGGGCAUGGGCAUGGGUCUGGGCAUGGGGAUGGGGAUGCCCGCGUGCCUGCAGCUGACGCAGGAGGACCUGGAGACGACCAAGCUGGACCCGCGCGAGGUGGACCGCAACCUGAAGGAGAGCUCGGACGAGAACCUGAUGGAGCACUCGCAGAAGCAGUUCAGCGCGCCCGACCCGCUGGGCCCGAGCCUGCUCUACCCGCUCAUCAAGCUGGCCGCCGAGGUCAGCGCCAGCGCCGCCGCGGGGUCGGGGGUCAACGGCGCGGCCGGAGAGUUCGGGGGGGCGUCCGGGGGAGACCACCCUGCCCAGGCGGUGCCCGCCGCGGCCAUGUACCCUCUACCCAAGCAGCAGAACCUGCCCAAGCGCCCCACCAGCCUGCCGCUGGGCUCCAAGCACCCGCGCGACUCCUCCUCCUCAGCUAACGCCCUCGCCGCCGCCGCCUCUUCGUCAUCCUCGUCCUCCUCCUCGUCCUCGUCCGCCUCGCGUCUCCGCCUCAACAAGCACAAGUCCAACCUGCGGCAGGUGGAGACCGGCGUGGCCAAGAUGAACACCGCGCCGCUCGUCACCGUGGGCAACGAGCCCCAGAUGGUCACCGCCGGCAACAACAGCGGGCGCGGCGUCAUCGCCAACGGUUACGCCGGAGGAGGAGGAGGAGGAAGUGGUGGCGGUGGCGGCGGCAGCAACGUGGCGACGGUCGUCGGGGGCAACACGAACCCCGCCGGUCCCCAGCAGGAGGUGGAAGGUCAGGGGUCGUCGUUGUCGCUGUCGUCGUCGUCGAUGGCGACGCCGACGCAGCUGAGCGCGGACGGAGACGGGCGCCUCCUCGCCUGCAUCGCCUCCAGCCCCGACGAGCACGAGCCGCUGCUGCGCACAAACAACAACAACAGCAACAACAACAACAACAGCAACAACAACAACAGCAACGUCGGCAGCAGCAGCAGCAGCAGCAGCAUGGCCGGGACGCUGGCGCGCGCGCUCACACACUCGGGCGUGCUCGGCGGCGCACACACACACUCGGACGGCGGCGCGGCGGUCCAGAUGAGGGGGCGGGGCCACAGGCCCGAGAGGCCCAACUCACUGGAGCUGACCACCUCGUCCAGCGAGCAGGAGACCUCCGCCAGUGGAGACAGUGGCGUUCAGGAGUCCAAGUCCGGCUCCGGUUCCGGCGAGCGGAUCAAGCGACGGGUGAAGACGCCCUACACCCUCAAGCAGUGGCGGCCCUCCACCUGGGUCGUCUCCAAGGAGACGGUGGACGCUGGCGAGGUCAACAACAACAGCAGCGGCAGCGGCAGCCACGGCGCCCACCGGAGCAGCAGCGGCAGCAGCAGCAGCGAUAGCGGCGGCGGCAGCAUCAGCGUUGCCGUCGGCAGCGCGCAGCAUCAGCAUCAGCACCAGCCGGGCUCGGCCGGGUCCAGGUCCAGCACCGCCGUGUUCCUGGUGGGCUCCGGCGGGGUCACGGCAACGCUGGCCUCCUCCUCCGACGUGUCGGGGGUCAGCUGCCUGUGACCUCUCACCUUUUGACGACCUGUUUAGCUGCACCUGCGCGAGGAGAGGGGUGAGCGGAUGUGUGUGAGUGUGUGUGUGUGUGUGUGAGAGUGUGUCUGUGUGUGUGUGUGUGUGUGUGUGUGUGUGUGUGUGUGAGUGUGUCUGUGUGUGAGUGUGUCUGUGUGUGUGUGUGUGUGUGUGUGUGAGAGAGAGAGGGAUCGGCUGUACGUCAGUCAUUAACCCCACCCCACCCCACCCCACCCUUCCCAGAUCUGUCUGCUUCAAAGUUCCUCUGAGAUCACGACAAAGGCCAUGUGGGGGGAAUUGGACUCCAGUAAUCCGAAAGAAAAGGGGGAUGCCGUUUCCAUGGAGACGACAGGGGGAAAAAAAGAAAUAGCGAUAGAAAACAAAGCGGGAGGACUUUUUUUUUUUUUCAUCGAGAGAAAAACUCUGACACACAUCCGUGGUGUGCGCGUGUGUGCUUGUCUCCAUGACGAUUCUCCCAGUUCCUAUGGCGACUCUCUCUGUCUCUCUUGCUCCUAAGAGACCAAACUCUCGCGACCGCCAUGAGAACGGACUCAGAACUGAACUGACCCGCCUGCUUUUGCGAUGGAAACGGAACCGAAGAGAACGGACCUGCUGCUGCUGCUGCCCACAAUAACAGCAGCUCUCAGUGCUGACCGCUGUCUGGACCCAUAGCUCCUCUCCCAGAAUGCAGUGCGGCUGACCUUUGACCUUUUUUGACGCCUCUCAAAUGGGUCUCUGAUUCACUUUUUAAUUUGUUUAAUCCGUUUGUUUGUUUGUCUGUCCGUCUGUCUCUCUUUUUCUAUGUGUAAAACAAGUAUAAAAUACGUAUAUAUGAGUAAGCCUAAUCCUUCAGCUCAAUCAGUUAGCUUUGGACCAUGCUAAAGACUUGGUCUUGAAAACCUGAGAGUGGACAUGCACACACGUACAAGCACAUGCGCACACAAACACACACACACACACACACACACACACACACACACACAAAUACACACAAAUGCACACACAUACACAUAUGUGCAUCAUGGAUAUCAGGUCCAUGUAAAAAUGAGGUGGUGGACUGUGAGACAGAGCCCACUGUCCUCUGUCUCUCUUCUAAUCAUUUUAAACACAUUCUAGAAUCAUGGCGUCAUUAUGACAUCACAAUCGUGUGUUUUUAAGUCACUUGUACGUAAUCCCAUGCUUUUGUAUCAUAUUUUUUGACAUGUGCAAUAGGCGCGUAGCUUUGAAUUGUUGUCUUUAAAUCUCUUUGAAAGCUCUUAUUUUAUCAUUUUAAAGAUCUGUUAUUCUGUUUGUUUGUUUCUUUUGAAGCUUUUCAAAAUGUUGGUAUUAUUUUAAUGUUAUUGAAAAUGGUGCACUUAUUGAUCAUAGCAAUCAUUUUGUCCGUGUGACCAUCAAUAUUUCCAUGUCAACAGACACACACACACACACACUAUUAUAUACUGAGAUGAAAUUUCACACAUGCUGUACAUUUCUAGAUUACAGAGCGUUGACCUCUUACAGGAUUUGCUCAGGAGUCACACACACACACACACACACACACACACACACACACGAUUAAGUAAGAACAAAGAGCGAGAGUAAACAGACUAUAGAGAACAUACGUAGUUGUUAUUCUCACACACACUUGCGAGAGAGAGAGAGCGUGAGAAUGAACGAGCGCACACAAAUAAGACAAUCCUUUACUUUCUCAUCUCUCUUGCUCUCGCCAACAACACCGCCGAAUAAUCAUCGCCGAGGGACAUGCUUCUGUUGUCACGGCGACCGGUGCAAUGAUGGUGUAUGUGUGUGUGUGUGUGCAGGUGUGAGAUGUGAGGUUAUUAUUACGUCAAUCUUGGCCACCCGAGUCCCUAAUUUCAGGCCUCUUUGGAAGCGUUACCAUUCUGCUAGCCUCUGGCAUCCCUGCAGCCUCAGUGCAGCCAACUUCAAUCACAUGACAGGCGUUUUUCAACCCUUCAGUGGGGGAACUGUGGAACAUUCUAACAAAAGAACACCGAUGUAAGAUUCUAAGACACUAUGCUGUAUUCAAUCAACACAGAAUUGGAAUUAGAACGCUCACUCUACAUUCUAGUCCCAGGGGUGUAACAGCACCUCACCGAAGGGCGUCUGUAAAAAGAACCAUGACCACAGUCUCUUCAGAAGGGAUCGUGUUUAUGUGCGCGUGUGGUCACUCUGUUACUGUUUUUGUUUUGUUUUCGUCAUUCUCGUCGCCGUCUUUUUCUGGUGUGUGUUUCAAUCGUACCAUCAUCCUCAGUGGUCUCCAUUUUGGGCGCUCACUGGGAGAUAUCUACAUACAUAAGCUUGGGCAGGACAGCCUGUUACUGAAGGACGAUGGUCCACUGGUUAGCCUCGGGCACGCCGCUCCACAGUCACUGCCC